CGAUUUUUAGUCUCAUUUUGUCAUGUAGUGGAUUUAUUGUGGAAUGUGGUUUGCCAAGUGCAUGCGUAGAAAUUAUCGUAGAUUUAUUACUAUGUACGAGAUCGAGGAAUUUGUACUGUGUUUAUUUGUUGUAGUUUCUCUGUAUGGAGAUAAAUCAUGUGGAUUCGAUGUGAACCUUUUAAGUGAUCCUGUGAUAUCAGCAGCAAAUGUUGAAGCUGCCAAUACCGAAUCGAAUAAUGUGCUUAAUCCAGUAGCCAAAACAAUGACCAAUGAUGGGGAGUUGAUAUCUACGCCUGAUGUAACGCCCUGGAGCCCUCUUACCAUGAAUUAUGGAAAUUACCCUCCUCAAGCGUUACCCUGGGAGCAGAGUAGUUCCGACUCACUGAAGCUUGUCAUUGUUGUGCAUAGACAUGGAGAACGAACUCCGACACGCUUUUACAAAAAUGAUCCCUAUUCGAAUGUGGAGAAAUACUGGCCUGAAGGCCUGGGGCAGUUGACUACGGGUGGGAAAUCCCAAAUGUACAAAGUAGGACAACUGCUUCGUAAGCGAUACUUCAAACACAUCCCCAAGUUCUCAGUGGACACGGUGCGGGUUUUCAGCAGUGACGCAGACCGAUGCCUGAUGAGUGCUGGCACGCUAUUGGCUGGCAUGUUUCCACCAACCACAGACCAGCAGUGGACCACAGACAUCAACUGGCAGCCAAUCCCGAUUCAUACUAUUCCCCAGCCCAUGGAUGCGGUUAACGGGAAAGCAAAGUGCCCGAAAUUCGAAGAAGAACUAUCAAUAGUUGAAAAACAAAUCGACGCAAACCUCUCAGAUUCUUUGAAAGAUUUGUACAAUUAUCUGACAACAAACUCAGGAACAAAGGUUUCCACGAUUGGUGGUGUAAGGAAGCUCUAUUCAACACUCAAGUGUGAGGAAGUAAAUGGCUACACACUUCCUGAAUGGACAGAUGCCGUAUUCCCAGAUAAGAUGAGGAAAAUUGUGCAGCUGAGUAUAGCAACUAAUACUUGGACUAAUCUGCUCAAGAGGCUAAGAGGUGGGCCACUUCUGAAAGAGAUCCUCAAUAACCUCAAGUCUAAAUCCAGCGGAAAAGCUCAAGAAAAACUUUUCUUCUACUCCAUACAUGAUACCGGUAUCGUCAGCCUGUAUCGGACUCUGGGAUUUGAAGAAAUGAUACUACCUGAAUAUGGAGCAACUUUCAUUUUUGAACUUCACCAAAUUGGUCAGGAGUAUUUUGUCAAAAUGUUUUUCCUGGCUGAAACGUACUCAGAGAAAUUCAAAGAGCUGAAAUUCCCUUACUGUGAAACUCUAUGUCCUCUGGAAAAAUUGCUGAAAGCUACAGAGCCAGUGGUGCCAGAAAACUGGAACCAGGAGUGCCAAGUCAACCCAAUAUAAUAUCCUAACAAUAUAACUUACUUUCUAAAGAGAGGAUUCCCUUCAAACUGACAACAUACCUUAUCACAUUUCAAUGCUACAUGUCCUCACCAACAAUCACAUCGAAUGCUGACAGUUUCACGACUAAAAUUUGUCUAGAAUGGAAAAAAAUAGUUGGACUGUGAAUAAUAACAAGAAAUGCAGUGUGAAUAAUAAUAAUGAAAAGAGAAUAGUUUGUUUUCACAAGCUUUGCUUUAUUAUGAAAAAUGCAGUACUUUAGUCAUUGAAUGUAAUUUACAGCAUUGUAUAUAAAUUUCCUCAUAAAUCAAUAUAUUAACUAUUCAAUUUUAUUAAUGUAACAAUAUACUAAUUUUCAUAAAACUAGAUACUUUGGAUAAUGAGAAAUCAACCAGCGAUUCAUUGAUUGUAUGAAAGCCAUGUUCCUAGAAUUUGUUGUAACAACAUGUCAUUAAAUAAAAAUUGAUAAAAUAUGAAAAAUUUAUUGUGGAGGAUGUGAAUGGAAAUCAGGUAUUAAAAAAAACUAACAAAUUGAACAAUAAGUCUUAUUUAAGCUACGUAGAUUUAUUCAGAUUGUGACUUGACUAAUACCUGUUAUUCAAUUUGUCAAGAGAUAUUUUAAAGAAAACAAUAAUAAUAGAAUCAGAAUAUUAUUGUGAAAAUAUGAAUAUAGUAAUUUACAUGGAAAAUAAUUUAGAAAUUUUACAAGAAUAUCAGUCAAUUGAAAAGAUUUUUUACAACUUUUCACAGAUUGUGAACAACUUCUAUCAUUUAGGACGAAAGAGUGUAUUUCAAUUUAAUCAAAGACAAUUUGGUUAAUUUUGAAUUUUCCGUAGCAUAGAGAGCUUGAAUUUCCAAGAAUAGAAAAAUGUUUGUAGAUAUUUCAUAUGGAUGAUGUUUGUGACAUUGUUAUGUGAUAUAAAUGAAUUCAGAAAUCCAAGUACUUAUUGGUUAAUAAAUGCAGAUUGCUGACAA